UUUUUUAACCUCGAAAAUAGUGUUAGACGAAGAAAGUGUAUAAAAAUGUCUAAGGUUUCUACACCAGAGUUAAAGAAGUAUAUGGAUAAGAAGCUUUUUGUAACAAUAAAUGGACAGCGUAAUUUAAUUGGGGUUCUUAGAGGUUAUGAUGUUUUUUUGAAUAUUGUUCUUGACGAGGCGGUUGAAGAGCUGGCGGGAGGAGAGAAGAAGGGGAUCGGGACGGUAGUUAUUCGAGGAAAUUCAGUAGUAAUGAUUGAAGCUUUAGAGAGAAUCUAAAGGAGUUAAAGAGCGGAUAUUACCAUGAUAGAAUGAUUUUGAGUUG